GCGGAAGACAAUGGAGAAAUAUUUUCUGUUGUCAUUUUGUUUUUUCGUUUAUUUAAAUGAACAUCUCAAAAAUGAGAUAAAUUACUAGAUCUAAAUAAAAAAAACAGUGAAAAUACUUUAUCAACAAAUUCCAGUGAUUGGAGUAAAUAAAUUGUUUUUCUUUUUAAUCAACUGUAUUUAUAUUUCUAGCAAUUACAUUUUGUAUAAUCGGCUCUGCUUGUUCAAAUAGACGACUUUUAUCUUCACUUGAAGAUCGUUAUGCAUGUGAAUGUAUUAAUGAUGAAUGA